GUACAAUACAAUCUUUCAUUGUGAUCGGUUACACGCUAACGGAAGAACGAAAAUCAAUAACACAGAGCCUUCUCGGAUGAUGGCCGAUCAGUUUGUGGAUAAGUGUACGGUGUGUAAAAGUGAAUCUCUGGGAAGAUAUGUGAAAUCUGUGGCCGCCAUAGAGGCGGGGGAGACAUUGCUGCUGGAAAAGCCGUUGCUCAUACUGCCAGCCAGUGGAGAUAAGAGAUGCACCAAUUGUUUUCGUUUUGCCCAGCAGUACUGUGGCAAAUGCCUAAUUUCUCCCCUGUGUUUGGAAUGUGAACGCCAUAGCGAUUUUGAUUGCAAAACCCUCAGCGACGUUGUCAGCUCAAAACAGCAGCCGGAGAUCCAAGUGGAAUUAUUGAAGAAAUAUUUCGCAACCUACAACAUUCUGAAAUGCCUUUUGUUGUAUGAAAAUCCCGAAACCAGAGACUAUUUUGAAAAAAUGCUACAAAUGGAAUCACAUCUGGACAAGAGACGCAACACUGCCGUGUGGAAGGAUCAUAACAGGGCUGUUAUACAACCCCUCAUCAAAUCGAAUAUCGUAAAAAGGCUACAACUCGCAACACGCUGCAACGAGGAAUUUCUUCAACACAUCUGUGGCAUUUGGGAUGUCAAUUCGUAUGAAAUUAGAGCACCCGAUUCGGAGGGUAUGCGUGCUUUAUAUUUAAAUGCCUCAAUGUUGGCACACAAUUGCAUCCCGAACGCCAAUCAGGCAAUCGAUGAUCAGUAUCGCAUCAAAAUCUAUGCCAAUCGUGAUAUUGACAAAGACGAAAUGGUCACAAUCUCGUAUACGAAUGUUCUGAUGGGCACCGAUGAUCGUCGUAACUUCCUGCGUGAGGGCAAAUAUUUCCACUGCGUCUGCGCACGCUGUGAAGAUCCCACCGAAUUGGAAUCGCAUAUGAGCACCUUGAUUUGUAAUAAAUGUGCCACAAACAAACAAGAGGGUUACAUUUUGAAAAUCGAUCCGAAGACAUGGAAAUGUUCCAACUGCCAACACUGCCUGAAGACGGAACAGAUUGAAAACAUUUUAGAGAAAGUCAAAGAGGAAGUUUUCCACGCCCAAGAUGACAUUCGACAUUUGGAAUAUUUACUCACCAAGUUGACAACACUGUUGCAUAAGAAUCACUAUAUCAUUGUGGAUGUUAAGCAGAAUAUUGCAAAUAUGUUAAGGACCAUCAUUCGGAAUAGUUUGCAAAGGCCGGGACGUCAGUUGUAUGAGAGGAAAAUUCGCCUGUGUCAGGAGCUGGUGGUGUUGUUGCAUAUUAUACAACCGGGAAUAUCAAGGCUGAAAGCUAUUGCUUUGUACGAAAUGGCAAUUGCAUCGGCGGAGCUUUAUCGCUUGCGUUUUGGUGAAGAUGAAAUUAGUGCCCAGGAGCUGCAGGAAUAUUUGCGCAAAUGUGAAGCAAUGUAUCGUGAAUCAAUGCGCCUCCUACUCUAUGAACCUCCCGAAACACCCGAAGGGCAAUUAGUUAAGAGUAUAAUCAGUGAGUUGAGAGAUCUGCGCAGUGAUAUUCAAAUUUUGGAUAACCCCUUGCCGGAGCAUGAUGAUGAAUAAAGAGAAGUAAUUUUUA